AACUACAGAACACAAUACAGUCCCCCUCCCUUCCUCUCUUGCUCUCUCUCUCUCUCUCUCUCUCUUUUUUUUCCUUUUCCUGCCUCCAAACGCCUUCUUGGAGGCUGAAGCUGGGCAGGUCUCCAAAGGUGCAGCAGUCACAACAAUCCCGCAGUUCAAAGUUAAGCAGCAGUUGCACAACUUUCAGCCGCUCUCUUUAGGCGGCUACUAAUGAGCUAAGAAACCAGGAGCAUCUGAGGAGGUGAAGAGGAAGCUCCGAGUUCUCCCUCCACUCUACAAAUCCCAACACCCACCCCCCAUCCCACCCCCACUCUCACCCGCGAGAACUUUAAGAUAUCAUCCUUGCUGUUCGCUGGCCUGGCGGACCAUGGCUCCCUUUGGAAGAAACUUGCUAAAGACUCGGCAUAAAAACAGAUCUCCAACUAAAGAAAUGGAUUCAGAAGAGAAGGAAAUUGUGGUUUGGGUUUGCCAAGAAGAGAAGAUUAUCUGUGGGCUAACCAAACGCACCACCUCUGCCGACGUCAUCCAGGCUUUGCUUGAGGAACACGAGACUGCAUUUGGGGAGAAACGAUUUCUUCUGGGAAAGCCCAGUGAUUACUGCAUCAUAGAAAAGUGGAGAGGCUCUGAACGGGUUCUUCCUCCCCUAACUAGAAUCCUGAAGCUUUGGAAAGCAUGGGGAGACGAGCAGCCUAAUAUGCAGUUUGUUUUGGUUAAAGCAGAUGCUUUUCUUCCAGUUCCCUUGUGGCGGACAGCUGAAGCCAAAUUAGUGCAAAACACAGAAAAACUGUGGGAGCUCAGCCCGGCAAAUUACAUGAAGACAUUACCACCAGAUAAACAAAAAAGAAUAGUCAGGAAAACUUUCCGGAAACUGGCUAAAAUUAAGCAGGACACAGUUUCCCAAGAGCGAGAUAGUAUGGAGACAUUAGUUCAUCUGAUUAUUUCCCAGGAUCACACUAUUAAUCAGCAAGUCAAGAGAAUGAAAGAGCUGGAUCUGGAAAUUGAAAAGUGUGAAGCUAAAUUUCAUCUUGAUCGGGUAGAAAAUAAUGGAGAAAAUUAUGUCCAGGAUGCAUAUUUGAUGCCCAGUUUCAGUGAAGUUGAGCAAAAGCUAGGCUUGGAAUAUGAUGAAAGGCAGAUUCUGGAGGACCUGAGAGAAAGUGAUGGAAUUGUACAGCUGGAGGAACGACUGACCUACUACAGAAAGCUCAUCGAUAAGCUCUCUGCCGAAAUAGAAAAAGAAGUAAAAAGUGUUUGCAUGGAGAUAAAUGAAGAUGCAGAAGGGGCAGCUGCCAGUGAACUUGAAAGCUCUAAUUUAGAGAGUGUUAAGUGUGAUUUGGAGAAAAGCAUGAAAGCUGGUUUGAAAAUCCACUCUCACUUGAGUGGCAUCCAGAAGGAGAUUAAAUACAGUGACUCAUUGCUUCAGAUGAAAGCGAAGGAAUACGAGCUCCUCGCCAAGGAGUUCAACUCCCUUCAUAUCAGCAAUGCAGAUGAGUGCCAGCUAAAGGAAAACAGAGGAAAGGAAUCUGAGGUGCCCACCAGCAACGGGGUGGUUUCUCCUUUUACUCAAAGAGUAUUUAACAUGUAUACAAAUGACACAGACUCAGACACUGGUAUCAGCUCUAACCACAGUCAGGACUCGGAAACAACUGCAGGAGAUGUGGUGCUGUUGUCAACGUAAUUUAAAUGGCUUCACUCUGACUUACUUUAAUAUUGUUUGUGUUUGUUUAAUUUAGUUGGAAAAUUUAAAUAUUCCACUCGGGAAGGAAAUAUAAAUAAUGUUAAGGAAUUCAGUGGCUAGUAAGAACUAGAGAAUUUUGUUUGUUGGUUUGUUUUUGAAUUAAGAGUUCCAGUGUUAUCUAAUUAUUACAAGUUCAACAAUGAGCUGUUUAUUAGGAAUGCAGCAAAAAUAGCUUGUAGGUAUAUAACAGAGAAAUAAUUUGAUGUGAAUUAUAAUCUGUUUCUAUGAGAAGUGAUUUAUUCAAACUUCAAACUAAUUCUUAAUAUUAGACAUCAAUAUAUUGAAACUAUACACGUGAACAUGUAAAAUUAAGAUGUAUUGUUAUAGAGUUUUCAACACUGUAUCAUUGGUAUUUUAUAAUCUAAAGUAUAUGAUAACUCUUAUAUUGUAACUGUAUUAAUUCAAAUCGUUGUUCAUUUCUUUGCUAUUUAGAAUGUAUAGCAUCUCUGUUACUUCCUGAACCCCUCUACCUGUUUAGGUUUAGAUUACAGGAGAUGGAAGGGUCGUUACUGGGACAUGUACAAAUACCUUCAGUGGGUCAGACAGAGGUAUAAAUAAGAAAAGCCAAGUUUUGCAGACAACAGCAACUUUUCUAAAAAAAAGCUGAAAAUUAAUAAGAGAUAUUUAUGUGCUUUCUCUAUCUGAUAUGCAAACCUUUAGAUCAAAUCAGUCAUCUGUGCAGGUUCAUUCUUUGAGUGAGAUACGGUGUGGGUUACAGAGAAAAAUCACAGGGUCAUAGUCCUAUUUGAUUAUACCUUAUUUAAAAAAAGUAAAGGGAUGCAGCUUGGGGUCCUUUGUGUGGGUAAAAUAGAGUUCCAUGUACCUUAAGUAUCCCCUGGAGGAGGGCAUGGCAACCCACUCCAGUAUUUUUGCUUGGAGAAUCCCAUGAACAGAGGAACUUGGAGGGCUUACAGUUCAUAGGAUCACAAAGGGUCAGAUACGACUGAAGCAACUUGGCACACACAAAAAAACACCCAUAAAUAUUAGUAUUUUUCCCCUGAAAAUAGAGAUAGGAACUCAUGUGAACAAAAGCCUUUUAUUCUGCUACACUGUAAUUCAGAUUGUCUAUAUGGUCCUUCAUCUAAGAUGCAAACAAACAAACAAACAAAAAAGUAGCUCGACUCUAGCCCACUCUCAAGCAUGAAUGUAAGUAUGCAACAAACUGGAUAGAUGAUUUAGAUUCUGUCUUGACUGGCAAUCACUAUAGUGCCAGAAGAGCCUCGGUUUGGCUUGGUUUUUAGUUAGGAAGUUCCUUUCUUUCUCUUUCUCUGUCUUAUCUGCUUCUUUCCCUGACUUGUUUCCUGCUAUUGAACACGUGACAUAAUCAUAUUAAAACCUGUUUUGUUGUACUAUUGCAUGAAUACAGCUGCAGUUCACUUUUCUUUUCGCUAACAACUUUCCCACAUGUGAGUAGACAGAAAGAUUAUUUUUCUUAGUUUUAAUAUGUGGAUAUUGGUUAAGAUUCUCAGUAUUUCUCAUUUCUUUCCUUUUUAUCUUUAUGCUUACUGUACUAUAUGUUUUAACUCAGUUUCCUAAUCUUUUUUAAAAUUUCUCCAUCCUCCAGACAUUUUGCCAACCUUUGGGAAGAUAUUUAGAAUUUUCUUAAUAUUUCAGUUUUGGGGAGUAUCUAAUGUUACCGUUUUUCAUACUAAGAUUCUGCUGAAGGCCUUACUUGCAGUUACAUGGUAAAUGCCUUAUCUGAAGUUGCAUGGUAAGAAAAGUAGGCAUUUCCACUGUAGGGAAAGUAUGAUAAUAAGUAAUAACACAAACAUGGGUUUAAUUUAAAAUAAGAAGAGAAUUAAAAAGUCAUUUAAGAGCGGGAAGUUUAUUUGCCUAAUAUCUCAUUAAUCAUUCAGUACGAUGGAAAGCUCUUGACAUAUUCAUUAUUCUCUUCUCGGGAUUAAACUCAGAAGAUCAUCAUCAAAGAUAAAACAGUUGUAGUAUUGUUUUUCAAAAGUAAUCUUUUUGGAUUAUUCUCUAGUGAGAAAAUAAUGAAAAGAACAUUGUUAUCUGCUAUAUAAUUUGAUUAAUUAUCUGAAUCCAAAUCUGGGAAGAAAUAGAACUAGUUAGAUAAUGGCAUUUUAGAAACUUUUUGCCUGAUUUUAUACAAUGUCUGAUUUUAUACAAUUAAGCAUAGUGAAGCAUUCUAAGGGCUAAUUCUUCUAUUUUUUCAGUAAAUAAUGUUAAAAACGCUUGUCCAAAAGCAAGACUAUUGAGUUUUAAAAUCAUAUUACAAUUUCAACUUGUUCUGUUGUUAUUCAAAUGUAUUUGUGCCUUUGAUUCAUUACAGUAUUAAAUCAUCAAUUAUCAUGGUGAAUCUCUAAUUUAGAAUAAUAUAUUAAUACAAAUUAAAAUACUAAAAUGCAGUACCCUCAUCUCUGAAUUGGAGAAGGCAAUGGCACCCCACUCCAGUACUCUUGCCUGGAAAAUC